AUGAAGAAGAAAAAGAGGAACUGGGCAGAGUUGAACACGGAUUAUUUGAUUAAGGUGUUUGAGAUGCUGGGAUCAGAAUCUGCGGGAUUAGAAUCUUUGACAUUGGUCAUUCCCUUCGUUUGCAAGUCUUGGUACAAAGCCUCCCUUAAUCCUCAGUGUUGGAAAAUACUUCGGUUCCCUCAUGCACUCUACGCGGAAUCAUGGGUGUGGUGGUCCCGUGGUUUUGUGUAUAGAUUCAUGGAAGAGUACCGAAUCCAAAAUUUUUCUUUCGCAGGCUUUGUUAAACUUGUUGUUAGACGAAGUCGUAACUCUGCUGUCACCAUUAUUCUUCCUCCUGAGUGCACCUUAGAGGUUUUGGAGCUUAUAUCAAACGAGUGUCCUUCAUUGAAAUACUUAGGGUUGCAUGAGGAUCUCUUUCCAGAACAUGGUAAACUUAUCGAAGGACUAAUAAGUAAAUGCAAGGAUUUGGAGGGGUUAUUCUUGGGAUCCACUCGUUCUUUCAAGAAAAUCCUUAUUCGAAUCAGUCUCAACUGCAAAAAUUUCAAUGAUUUAUCUGUAAGAGGUGAUAUUGGCUAUAAAGAAGCAUCAGCCAUUGUAAGAUUGCUUCCGAAGAUCAAAUAUUUGAGGCUGAGGUGGACUACACUACCCCGUAUGAGUCUGAAGAGGAUAUUGAAAGGCUGUAAAGAACUGGUGCUACUUGAUGCAAGGAAUUCGGGUGGGUUUAAAGCUAAAGAUGAUGAGAUAUUAAAGAUGGCUUCUCACAUCAAGACCUUUAUGAUUCAUGGAAAGCCUUCUUACAGGAAUCCCUGUAUUGAUGAAAGUGAAGAAAGUGAAGAAAGUGAAGAAAGUGAAGAAAGUGAAAGUGACUGA